AUUAGCUCAAAUUUUCACCGCCAUUUUCUUUUCAUAAAACUCUCUAGGUUGAAAAAGCGCAUAAUUUUCCUCGGCGGCUUAACUAAAAUUUUAUUUUACCACAACUCCCUGACUAAUUAAAAACAAAUUGCUGCUAAAAUAUAUAAAUAAAAUGUCCACGAAAAUUUUUGUUGGAAGUCUCCCAUCGGGGUCAAAGCCGGAAGAACUUCGUCAUCUAUUUGAAGCUUUUGGUGUGGUAACCGAGUGCGAUGUCAUGAACCGAUGCGGCUUUGUUCAUAUGGAAAAGCCUGAAAUGGCGGCAACCGCCAUCAAAGCCUUGAAUGGCACCGAAUUCAAGGGUGAGACCAUCAAUGUCGAGCCCGGUCGAAUCAGGGAUCGCAACCAAAAGCCGGGUGGCAUUGGCGGAGCCAAAGCAGGUGGUCCACGUCAACGAGGUGGACGCGGCAAUGGAAAUGCAAUGAUGAGGAUGCAGAACUUUGACGGAAUCGAGGAGGCCGCCAUGGGCUUGGAUGGAAUCGACGAGAGAACAACAAAGGACGCUCUGCAACUGUGCAGCGCCGUCUUUGAGGAAAUGAACAAACUUUUGAACCCUGGUCAAAUGGGUGGAGGACCACGUCGCGGUGGAGGUGGCAUGGGUUUCCCUAGGAACUUUGUCCAGGACGAAUUAGCUGCCGUCAUGGGAGGAAUGGGCGGUGGACCCAAAGGUCCAAUGAAUCGUGGACCACGAAACAACCGCAACAAUGGUCCCCCAAAGCAAGGUCCAUUCCCAGGACCAGGUCCGGUGCAAGGACCACCGAACAAAGCACCCAUAAAGAAUAAUGCGAAUCCUCCCGCUAGAGGAGGUCCACCAAAUCAAGGAAACAUGAACAGACCCCCGAAGCAAGUACCUAACCAGUCAGGCCCUCAGGGAAGAGGACCGAACCAAGGUAAUGCGGGUCGCAUUCAGAACCAGGGCAACCAAGGUAUGCCAGGUCGCAAUCAAAAUGCAGGCAACGCUGGGCGACCUCCAAAGCCGGGCAAUGUUGGUCCUAUUCGUAAUGAACCUUCCAGGCAACAGAGAGCAUCGGCUCCGUACAACAGAGGGCCUGCUGGCCCCGUACAAAAUGACAUCAACUUCGCUGACGACGUUCCCAUUGCCCAGAGCGCCAGGACCUUCGCCAACAACUUGGCCACUGGAAGCCAAAUCGAUAGAUGGCCAGCGAAUGGUGGAAACUUUGGAGGAAAUGGAGGUAACGGUGGCAUGAACAGGCACCCAAUGAACCGCAACUUCGACGAAGACAUGCCAGUGGACAACUUUACCGAUGAUCCUCCUAUCGUCAUCAACAUGGUCACCCGUCCCAGCGGACCCAGUGCAAUGGGAGGUGGCGGCGGUGGUGGUGUCGGUCGCAGAGGUGGAAUGGACAACAACCAAGGCCCUGUUAAUCAUGGUAACUUUGGACACAACAACGGAAGCGGCGGAGUUGGCGGGGGAAACAACCGUUUCCAAGGAAACAAUGACCGAUUCCAGGGAGGAAACGAUCGUUUCCAAGGAGGAAACAACGAUCGGUUCCAGAACAAUGUCGGCAAUGAUCGCUUCCAAGGCGGCGGCGGCGGUGGAGCAGGAGGAUUUGGCAAUCAAGACAGAAGAGGAUUUGUGCUUCCAGAGAAACAGUUCAACGAUGGUCCUAAAUUCGGUAACAAAAAUCUCGGCGGUGGUGGCGGGAAUUCACAAUUUGGUGGACAGAACAAUCAAGGCGGCAUGGGAGGAGGCGGCGGCGGAAACAGGAAUGCUGGCUUUGGUAAUAACAACAACAACAACAACAUGGGCAGGCCACUACAAAAUGUCCCUGAAAACCGUAAUAUGGGUGGUGUUGGCGGCAACAUGGGUGGAAAUACAGGAAACGCCAUGUUCUCAAGGAGAAACAAUAACACCGCAGGAGGAAAUCUCGAUGGAAAUAAUAUGGGUAAUAACCGUAUGCGCAACGAUGCACCGGCUCCAAACCGUGGCGGUAACUUUGGUGGCAACAGCAACCGAGGAGGAAUGGGUGGCGUUGGAGGCGGCGUAAGCGGCGGCCCCGGUAACAUGAACACCAACAACGCUGGAUUCAACCGAAACAACAACAUGGGUGGAGUUAGUAGCAACUUGCAUGGACCCAUCGCAGGAAAUAACAGAAACACUAGUGGAGGUAAUGCCCCAAUCAACAACAGAAAUAUGGGAAGCGGCGGAGGUGGAGGAGGCUUCGGAAACAACAGCAACAACAACAAUAGAAAUAUGGGUGGCGCUGGUGGUAUGAGCGGUGGUGGUAUGGGUGGCGGUAAUAUGGGAGGUGGAAUGAGAGGCGGUAUGGGCAAUAAUAUGGGCGGCGGUGGCGGCAACACUAACAGAAACAUGGGUGGAAAUGCUGGCAACAACAACAUGAACCGCAACAACAAUAUGGGAGGUGGUAAUCCAAUGAAUCCUAUGAACUUCCAAAAAGAUUUUCCCGCUCUAUCCGGUGCUGGAGGUGGUCAAAAUAUGAACAUGAAUAACCGCAAUGGGCCACGCCAAAAUAUGAUGUCGAAUCGUCGCUAUUAAUAUAAUUAACUCAAAAACAAAAAACAAGCGUUUGUUUUUUCAUAAAUCAUUCACUUUUUUCAAUCCAAUCAGUGCAGUUCUCAAACUAGUGAAAGAUAAUAAUCUUUAAGAAAAACAAAACAAAGAAAAAGACUAUUUUAAUUGACUUUAAAAGAAAAGAGGAUAAAUCAUUUUUAUCAGAUUAUAGUAGAAUCUUAGGAAAAGUAAUAAAUUAAACAAAAAAAAACAA